GUUUUGUUAAUUUGGAGUCAAUUAGGUGCAUGGCAAAAUUUAAUGAUCAAGUGUUGUUUAGCUGUUUCGUGCUGUUGGGCUUGCCAUAACUCUAAAGAGAAGGUCAGAUCAAAGCAUUGUGUGAGCGUUGUCUUCUUGUCAAGUCGAUUCCAGCAAGUCUAGCUUCUAAGAAAGUGACCUUUUCAUGCAGAGUACUUGACUAGUUGAGAGUCAUGGAUAUUGAAGAGACAAACAUUCAGGAGGCCAUUGGCCAGUUCUACUCUUUCUUUGGACGUAUGGGUCAGGUCAAGGGUGAAAUUGAUCAGUUGAAUUUAGACAUGCAUACCAAGGAUCGAAUAUUGACACAGCUCGACGACAUUGAACGAGAGUACAAAUACGGACAAGAGUGGUUCAUGACGAGGGAUGUGCAGGACGUGAGAGUGGGUGUGGUCGGGAGUGAGCGGAGUUUGAAGACUGCAGUUGUCUCUCUCUUUGUUGAGGGAGUGAUGGAGAUCGAGGGAGACGAGAAAGACGGGCGCUCCAAGAGCAAAAUCAACGUGGAGGGCAAGUGCAAGUUGCUACUAAUUAGAGAAGAGACGGGAGCACCCACUAAACAGAUGUGUCAGUGGGCCGACGUACUACUGCUGGUGUUCAGUUACUCCGACGAGGACAGCCUAUUACAUAUCAGAGACUACCAUAAGAUCUUCCGGGACACGAAUCAACACGCUCCUGUGAUGCUCGUAGGGGUCAAAGAUGAGGACCAGUACUCAUUUCGGCGAACGGUGAGGGAAGGAGAUGUGAGAAAGACGUCCGAAGUGCUGGAGAAAUGUUAUGAGAUGGACGUCGGCCUAUCACAGCAGAGCACCUACGCACUUUUCGCACAAGCAUGUAAACUGGCUCUUUCUACUUCGGCCAAUUCCUACCCCCUUAAGUUUGUCCCCCCCUCUUCCGUCCAAUGCCCGAACUCCUACUAUGCAGCGGGCAGCGGUAUCUCACUGGGUUUAGUGGCAGCUGGGGUACAGAAGUUUGGGGGUAACCCACCUGUGUCCCCCUCACACAUGAAGCGUAACAAGCAAAGGCGAUCAAUGUUUGGAGGGAAACAAGCUGCGUAUGCGGUGUCCGAGUCGUUUGGCAGUGGUCGUCCUGUCCCUGUGAAGGAGGGGUUUGUGAACAAGAAGAGCACGGGGGGCCUGAGGGCGGAGUGGAAGAGAAAGUAUCUCGAGCUGAGUCAGGACGAGCUCUCCUACUACCCUAACCUCAAUGACUACAUGACCAAGACCCACGGCAAGACACUCAAGCUCCAACAAAUCACUGUCAAAGUACCCGGACAACGUGUGUCCAGCGUUUCCAAAGUAACCAGCACACCCACCGAAAGUAUCGCCUCUGACCUGGCAGACUCACUUACCGUAUCAUUGCAACCAGGGGACCAAUCAGAUCACAGCAGAUCCAACAGCCCCGUUCAAUCAGAAACUCCAUUGGAUGUCUCGUACAAUUCAAGUCAUGGUCGCCCCGGGUUACGAUUGACCGCCCCCUCUUUCGAGUACAACUCCCGAGACCAUCGAAAUCACCUGACACCUGAACAUGAGGACUUUAGUUCCACUGAGCAGUUUGAUGAAAUGGGUGUGUACAAUCCAACAACUAAUCACAGGUCCGAAAGUCACAUGACUAAUGGGCGAGGUCACAAUCGUAAUGGCAGUCUGGAUGAGAAUGUGAUCAUGUUGCAACAGCUCAGAACUGGAGGCAUCAGUUACCCUCCGAUAGAGGAGGACCGCUCGGCGACCAUGCCUCGUCUGGAUGGGAGGAAGGCAAAGCUGAGACAAAGCCCUCACCUCUCUGCUCUACCUGGCAGUGAGGAGCAUCUGUCAGGGAGCCAGGAUAGUCUGGGUCGACCAGAGAAAGGAGACAGGAAGAAGAAAGGUGACAAAGAUCGAAACAGUUUCAUCAUGGAGCGUACUCAGAGUGAGGGUGCAAAGGACAGAGUGGCAGUGGAUAAGAAGGGGGUUAAAGGUCACAAUCACAAGCGACAGAGAAGCUGGGGCGGAAACAAGUUGUUGGAAGUUGAUACUGGAGGAGACGUGGUUAAUGAUAGCUGUGAGUUCCACGUGUUUUCGGCUGACAACAAAGUGUGGUGUUUUGAAGCUGCCUCCUCUGAGGAGGCCACCUCGUGGGUGAAGGCUAUUGGUGAGCAGAUCAAGAAGACCAUCUCCGAGUCUGUCUCCCACAAGAGAGGGAACUCAAGCAAUGAAAUUGAAAAGAAAGAAAUUCUUCUCACCGACGGAAACAACUUUUGUACCGACUGCAACUCACCAAACCCUGAGUGGGCGUCCCUGAACCACGGCUGUGUGCUGUGUAUAGAGUGCUCUGGUGUUCAUCGUAACCUUGGCACACACAUCUCCAGGAUACGCUCCCUGGAACUAGACGAUUGGAGUCCUGAGCUGAUAUCAGUGAUGCUGCAUAUUGGCAACAAGAUGUCUCGUAGUUUAUGGGAGGCCAAACGACCCAAGAAUAGACCCACUUAUUCCACUCCCCGGGAAGAGAGGGAGCGGUUCAUAAAGGCCAAGUACAUUGACAAGGAGUACCUGGCGGACCUCCCCUACACUGGAAAACCAAUUUAUGAGCAACUGAUGGAGGCUGUGAAGUCCAACAACAUCUUUAACUGUCUCAAUAUCCUAGCUCACACAAUGCCUGAGGACAUAAACACCAUCCACACUCGGGACUCUUGGGCCGCCCUCCAUGUUGCCUGCGUCUUGGGACGUACGGUCAUCACGCAGCUGCUCAUUUGGAAUGGCGGUGAUAUCAAUAUAGCGGAUGCCGACAAGCACACACCACUGUUCUAUGCUCGUAACUAUGGUCACCAAGACAUUGUGAACAUUUUAUUAGCCAAUAGUUGUACAGAAGAUACCUCGGAUACAAGUGUAUAAUUGUACUAUGUAUACUGUAAUUUGAUUGGUCAUUGGCAUGUCAUAAUUAUGACCACCACCGUAUAAUUAUAUCAUGCAUAAUUAUUACCCAUUUUUUGUCAAACACAUCUCAAUUUUUGCAGACUAUGAAAUUCAUUAUUGGAUGUGACAA